AUGAAAAUACAAUUAAUAUUAGUUCUUCUAAUAGCAGUCAAUACUCAAUCCUUUUUGGAAGAGUCAGCAUAAUAUUAUUAAACACCAUAUGCUCCCAUCAUGCUAUAAGAGGAUGUGUAAUAACAAGACAUUGAAACAGCUAUGGCUCCUGAAUAAGAAUAUGUUUAUGAUCCAUAGUCAGUCUUAUAAUCAGCUAAAGAAUAAUAAAUUUUAAUAGCUAGAAAUUAUGAGUAAAACCUUCCUGCAACAGGUGAUUGCAUUAUAUUGUAUUCUGAAUGCAACUUUAGAGGUUCAUCAUUUAAGUAUUGCAAUUAACCAGAUGAAGUUUUAUCAUUUUAACUUCCAAUUUAAUCUGUAUAUGUUCCUAUUGGGUAUUAUUUAUAUGUCUAUUAGAACCUCAUUUUAAAUGACUGAUGCCUUAGAAGGUAAUCAAAUCAAUAUGUUAAUGAGUAAUGAUUGUAUUCCAUCUGGUUUACAUUUACCAGAACCAUAAUUAUAAGAAGUUUAAGAAACUGGUAGUAGUUGGUUUAGUGAAUUGAAAGAUUCUGAAAAGGCAAUUUUAGAUUCAGGUGAUUUAUCAACACCAAAAAUAUAAUUCUUUGAUAAUGAUGGAAAUGUGAUUAGUAAAUUUUUAUUUUAUUAUUCUAUCAGGUAGAGAACAAUACUAAAAAAUGGUUGAAGAAGAUGCAAAGAGAUCUUAUGAAAUAUUAAGUGGAUAAUCAAGUUUAGCAUCUCCAGGAGAAGAAUAAUCUUAAUAAACUGCCACUGCUAAUAUUGAAGAAAUGCCUGUAGAAUAAUAAUAAUAAUAAUAAUGAU